AUGUUGGUAACCGACAUAAAUAAUGUUAAAAUCUAUAACCUCAGCGGGGGUAAAUCAAUUCCGGAAUGGCUAGCCGAUCGGAAGCGGAAACAAGGGCCGAAAAAGAAGCAGGCCAGUUCGGAUCGCCGGAUAGAGCUAAUACAGGACUUCGAUAUGCCCGGCGUUGCAACGGCCGUAGCGAUAACCCCGGAUGGACAGUACAUCCUGGCGACGGGAACAUACAAACCACGUGUCAAGUGCUUCGAAGUGAGCAAUUUGUCACUAAAGUUUGAGCGCUGCUUCGAUUCGGAGGUGGAAAAGUUCGAAAUCCUUAGCGAUGACUACAGCAAGGUGGCCUUCCUGCACGCGGACCGAUACGUUGAGAUACACGCAGCACCCGGUCGACACUAUCGGUUGCGGAUUCCACGAUUCGGAAGGGAUAUAGUGUACCACAAGCCGACCUGCGAUCUGCUGCUGGUCGGUACGUCGGCGGACAUCUACCGGUUGAACUUGGAACGCGGACAGUUCCUGUUGCCUUACACUACCGCAGCCAGUGCCAUUGAUAGCGUCACGGUGAACCGGGAACACCAAAUGAUAUGCGUCGGCACACAGGAAGGUACAAUCGAGGCGUGGGACUAUCGUGAUAAAGCGUGCUGUGGAACACUGGAUGUUGCCUCGAGCCUACCGCAAAGUAAAGAAGUACCAUCCGUUACUGCGCUGGAGUUUAAAAAUGGACUUACGAUAGCGGCCGGCACAUCGACGGGCCACGUGCUACUGUACGACAUUCGUGGGCGCAGUCCACUCGCCGUGAAGGACCAUCUCAACCAGCUGCCGAUUAAAAAGAUACGCUUUCAGGGAGAGCAAAAAUCGGUCUACUCGCUCGAUGCGGCCAUGCUGAAGAUUUGGGACGAAAGCACGCUGAAGCAGAAGGCAUGCGUGGAAUCGAGCAGCAAUUUCAACGAUUUCGCACACUUCCCCGGCAGCGGUUUGUUUCUGUUUGCAGAGGAGGACACCAAGAUGCUCCCGUACUACGUGCCGAGCGAGGGACCGGCACCGCGCUGGUGCUCGUUCCUCGACAAUCUCGUGGAGGACAUCGAGUCGGAAACGGUACACAAUUUGUACGACGAUUACAAGUUCGUUACGAAGCAGGAACUGGCCGACUUGAAGCUCGACCAUCUGGAGGGCACAACGAUGCUUCGAGCGUACAUGCAUGGGUUCUUUAUCGACAUACGAUUAUACAAACAGGCCAAAUCCGUCUCCGAUACGUUUGCUUUCGAUGGAUUCCGAAAGGAGAAGAUACGCAAGCAGAUUGAAGCUGCUCGUCCGGCCCGUAUUCAGCUGAAGUCUGCCCUGCCCGAGGUAAAUCGUGGCCUGGCCCAGCAGCUGAUGGAAGAGGAACACAUGAGAAAUGCCAAACGAAGCGCCAUUGCCAAGGGACUGCUAAGAGACGAUCGAUUUAAGGGCAUGUUUCAAAAUCCCGAUUUCGAAGUGGAUAAGGAAGCGAACGAGUACCGCAUCCUCAGUGCCGUUCUGCAGCGCUCGGAACGAGAUAAGGCACGGCGCAAGGAGAAUGUGGUUGUCGAUCCGGAGGAAGAGCAGAACGAUGAGCAGAGCACGGACGAUGAUCUGUACAGCGAAAAAAGUGACAGCGAGCGAGAGGACGAUAAGGAAGACGAAGGAAUGGGUGAAGAACGUCCCGGAAAGGGUCCCCGAAAUGGAAAAGCAAAUGUGCGACCACAAAAGCUUGGCAAUGGUCGCGGGAAAGAGUCGACUGGUACUCAGAAUGACGAACAAGCUGAUGGAGCUGCGUUUUCUCUAGACGUGGAAGAAGGUGCCAACUUUAACAUCAUUCAGCCAUCGAGGAAACUGCAAACUGUAUCACUUGGCAAGCGCGUAACGAAACUGGAUCACACCACGACGACCGCUCAGUUCGAUAAUGGUAUCGGAAAGCGAGAAAUCACUUUCACUACGGCAGCCCGAUCGCGGAAAGGUGGUAAGGGCGAAGAACGGGAUCGGUCGCGUUAUCAGGCGGCCCUGAAGAAACACAAAGAAGAACGCCGGAAAGUUAUACGUUCGGCAAAGGGUGUCAUUAGGAAGACGGUGACGAAGAAAUUUUAAACUUUUGUGCAGCGUAUCACCAAGCAAAAGAUUUAUUAACUGCAUCGGUCAAAUUGGUUAAUAUCGAACUGAAAUGGGCGUUUUUGUAAGUUAGAAAUAUACAAACAAGUUCAAGUUGUUU